AUGUCUGCAACCGAAAAACCGAAUAUUUCACACGAGACCACCAGUUCUACACCGAGUCUCACCAUCAGUGCUACAAUAGCGCAAGUUGUAAAGAAAAUGUUUGCGCAUCUCUCACUCUGGAAGAGAAGAUAUAUGAAUUCAGCACAAUCUCGAAUUCCAACCCAGGAUUUACGUUCUGCGUACCGAGCUGUUGCUAAUUUUGGUGCAACUGGUGUUUCCGCUGCACCUCUGCAUGUCUCUUCUACCGCUACUACGCUAAAACGACGUCAUCAACGAUCUAUCGAAUUUUUUCUUAUCCAUCUUGGAACGUCCAUGCAGAAGGAAUCAUUUAACUCACACACGAAGGACGGACUUUCACCGAAAACUUCAAACUCCGACCUGGAAUCCCGUUCACAUGGAACAACGUUCAAUUAA